ACCAUAUUCCCUGAGCAUUUGCGUAGCAUGAGUUUCGUCAAUGCCACCGUAGAGAACUCAAGCUGUGGACCAAUGCCACAAACAAAUUAAGAACACAAGAAUGGAACGAGGAGAAAGAGAUAUGGUUCUAUUCCACGGAAGCUAUCAUGCAUCGGGACGAUCCGAAUAUCCGAAUGAAUGCUCUGAACGAUUGGGAACGAUUGGGAAGAAAGGAGGUAGAAUGGCAUUAACUGGAAAGGAAAAGAAAGAGGACAAAACUGAUACAGAAAAACCCGUCAUUGCAAGAACGGCAUAUGACUUGCAGAGACUGAAAUUAGAGAAAUUAAUGAAGAAUGUGGUGUGUAAUUUAAAUUUAUUUAGUGAUGUAUAUUAUAACCUCAAUGUAAUUCAUGUCUGGAAGGAAAAGCCUGCACCAAUUCCUGAGGGACCAAAGGAAAAGAAUAUGCCCCAUGUGCCUGAUUUUGUGCGAAAUGUAAUGGGUUCAAGUGCUGGUGCAGGUAGUGGUGAGUUUCAUGUUUACCGACACUUGCGAAGAAAAGAAUAUGCUCGACAGAAAUUUAUCCAAGAGAAGGGAGAAAAGGAACUCUUGGAAGAAGCUUACCACCUGAAGAUAGAAGAAAACCGCAAAGCUGCAGAAGAAAGGACAGCAAAGAAAAGGGCAAAGCGACUCAAGAAAAAAGGAAAUAAGGGGAAGAAGCAAAAGAAAGACAGUACCAUAAGUGACACUAUAGAUGAACCUCCUAGUGACAGUGAAUCGGAAGCUGAUGACAAUGGUGCUGAAAAUUGAACAGAUAAAACAGUAUUUAUUUUUGUAAUGAAAAUCAUUACAUCCAUUAAUGUCAUCACAAAUAUAAUAUUUCAAGGACUGGUGGUAUUUUCUGUAACAUAAUAUUACCUUACAAUUUCAUUCAUUGUAAAUAAUCAUUAUAUA